CGGGAGGAAUUUCCAUUAGUUGGGCUGCUACGCUACAUUCACUAAAUUCAGAAAAAGAAAAUGUGUUCCAAUUUGUUGGAGUUGUUUGGAGCUGGAGUCUAGUCUGCAACAUACCUUUUUAUUAAGAGAAGCACGUUAAUCCUUAAACAGACCAGUGAAAAGAAGAUACAUGUCUGCCUUGAAAAUUUCUUCAAGAACAGGAAACGGCAUCUAGCUAGACUUGCAAUUAUCAGCACACCUAUUUCAGAAUCCCUGUGUGAUGGUGUGUAAGACAUGAUUGCCUAAUGCACCAGCAUCUGAAUUAUUUUUUUCUCAAUGAUGCUUGGAGGUGAACGAUAGUCUGCAACUCAACCAGCAUUAACUCCUCUUCCUUGAAAACUGCUCUUGCUGAUCAGCUGCUUCCUCUACAGAUUUGUCAUCUGGAAAACUCCAACCCUGCAACAUGUCUCAGAAAUACCACUACACAAACGCAGGUGACGACUUUCUGUCACAUCAAGACAUGUAUGCAGACUCAUACCAGAGACAGUCUAAUACAUACAAGCCAAGCAGUAGAUCCUCAUCUCAGGAGCAAACACGCUCUACAACAUCUUCCAACAGAACUGUAGACUCUUCUGUUCACCUACCUGGGAAGGCUUUGUCAUUUCUUCACAGCUGUGGCCUGGACCCGAGUGACCUUGCCCUCCUUGCAGAACUUCCAGAGCAUCUCAUCACAGUUGAGACACUUCCCAAACUACUUUUACAGGUCAAAGAACGUAAAUUGUCCAGCACGUCAUCAUCUCGGCCCAGCACCAGUCAGCCUCUUGACGAUACCUCAGCAUCUGCCUUUGAGGGUAGCAGCAACCCCACCCCUGUUGAGUAUCCAAUCGCGCGACCUGUGCAUCCAGUGUACCCUCUUCCUCCAGAGCAAGUUCAAAACUGGCAGGAUCGCUGGGGAAAUCCUCGACGAACGAGUACUUUAACCACCAGUAUCAGCUGUUCCAGCGGUAAAAGCAGCAGUGUUCCAGACUACAGCCUCUCCACAGACUCUGACCCAUAUCACAAUACCAUAGAAUCACCAGAGCCCUCAUCACAAUCUUUCGUUGAUUCCGGACCGAGGCCUUUACUUUCUCUGAGAUUAGAGCCUCCUGUUAUCACACCUACUAAGAAGGAGGCCUCAGACUUCAAUUGCAAAGUUCCCCCAGCUUUUCCUCAUGUGUGUCGUCUCUGUGACAUUUCUAUCCAUUCUACAAGGGACUGGUUUUUUCAUGUUCGAGGUAGUGAGCAUGCUAAAAGUCAGCUUGAACUUGUGAAAAAGUACCCAAAGUGGGAUCAGACUGUUGAAUCUGCAAGGAAUGAAAGCUGCGAAGUUUACAAAGUACCAACCAGAAAGGAGGCCUCAGACUUCAAUGGCGUCGUUCCUCCAGUUUUUCCUUACUUGUGUGUUCUCUGCAACAUCACUGUCUUUUCUGAAAAGGACUGGUCUGCACAUGUUACAGGUGGUCAGCAUGCACAGAGCCAGCUUGACAUUAUGGCAAAGUACCCGGUGUGGGAUGGGACUGUUCGAUCUUCUAGAAGAAAUGAUGGUAACACCUCAACUGACAUGCGAGAUGGAACCUCAAAAGGAAACACCUCAGACAUGAUGUCGCAAGCGAAAGAUGAACCGGGUUCUCGAGUUGUGAGCUUCUCACCAUUACCUGUUGGAGAUGGCAUCACUGCAGAGUUGACAGCCAUUGCUAAACGUUUUGGAUCUGUCAAAAAAUCCUUGUUUCUGCCAAACCAGGGUUAUGUAGAAAUGACUUGUUUAGCAGGAGCCAAGAAAGUGGUUGAGCACUACUCAGCCAAUCAACUGAAAUUGAAAGGAAAAUUAAUUCAGGUCGCCUACUCUUAUGAAUAUAAUUCACUAAGGCAAACAGAAGUUAAUGACAUAAAGCAAUCCAGGCGCUCUCACACGCAAAGGAGGUCUAGCCCAGGCAUUCGCAGCAUUCAGAGAGACUCUUCUAGUCCUAGGAGAAUACGCUCAUCUGAAAAGACCCCCUCUAGCCCUAAGAGAAGACACUCGUCAGAUAGGACUCGCUCUAGCCCCAACAGAAGACACUCAUCAGAGAGGACUCAUUCUAGCACCAAGAGAAAACGUUCAGCGGAGAGGACUCAUUCUAGCACCAAGAGAAAACGUUCAGCGGAGAGGACAUAUCCUAGCACACAGAGAAAACGUUCAACGGAGAGGACUCAUUCUAGCCCCAAAAGAAGACACUCAUCAGAAAGGACCCAUACUAGCCCAAAAAGAAGGUAUUCACCAGAGAAGACCCACUCUACAAGGAGUCGCCAUGUAAAAGAGGGAGAAGAUUACCUAAAAUUCAAGGAGAGCACUAGUUCCUCAUCAAAUUCAUGCCAUUCUUCAAGCCCUGUUGUUAAAGCUGAAACUUCAAAAUCAAAUGCAGAUACAGAAGAUAAGAAAAGUGUAAGCAACAACAAUGUUGGAAGCAUGGAUUCAGACAGUGACCUUGAAGGGUUAGAAGUAAUAGCAGAUGAUGGUGAAGAAUUGGCGCAUGACAUUGAUGAUUACGAGCCUACAAGAAGUAACCAGGAGAAUUUACCGUCAGAACCAAUGGAUGUUACAGACAUUCAUACAAAGGAAGAAUUAAACACUGGAGAAAAUUCUCCACAUUCUGAUACAUCAGUGACAUCAAACUGUGUAAAGGAGGGCCAAAAGUUACACCAACAUAAAGAACAGGAAAUAAAUGAGGAGGACCAUGACUUCCCCAAGAUACUUGAAAAUUGUGUGACCUUGGAUGAAUUAACAGAAGAAGAUUUUUCAGAUUGUCAAGAAUCAGAUGAAGCAAAACCCUCAGUCCUUCAAACUCAGGAAUCAUCAGAAGUUGUAACCACAUCCACAAAUCCUGUCUCCUAUACAAAGCAAAGUGAACCUGAAUCGCUCACAGCAGAACCUGAAUCGCUCACAGCAGAACCUGAAUCGCUCACAGCAGAACCUGAAUCGCUCACAGCAGAACCUGAAUCGCCCACAGCGGAACCUGAAUCGCCCACAGGGGAACAUGAAUCGCCCACAGCGGAACCUGAAUCGCCCACAGGGGAACCUGAAUCGCCCACAGGGGAACCUGAAUCGCCCACAGCGGAACAUGAAUCGCCCACAGGGGAACAUGAAUCGCCCACAGCGGAACCUGAAUCGCCCACAGCGGAACCUGAAUCACCCACAGCGGAACCUGAAUCGCCCACAGCAGAACCUAAAUCGCCCACAGCAGAAACUGAAUCGCCCACAGCAGAACCUAAAUCGCCCACAGCAGAACCUGAAUCGCCCACAGCAGAACCUGAAUCGCCCACAGAAGAACCUGAGUUACCUACAGAAGGUACCAGCAAAACAACUGCAGAACCCCACACCUCAGAGAUCCUAGAAGAUGCUGCUUUUCAGCUUAAAGCGGAACAUGAAACGGAGGUAUUGACAGAUGAAGACAAGGAAAACUUUGGCAAAGUUCUUGAGGUCAGAAAUCUACCAAGUGCAGAAGACUAUACAGACUUGGAUUUUCUGAACAUCAUAAAGCGAUAUGGAGACGUCAUCCACCAUGUGCUCUUUCGAAGUUGCAAAAAAGGGUUUGUGAAGAUGGCGCUCACAUCUGAUGCUGAGAGAGUCGCAGCUGAUUCUAAAAAUCAAGAUAUUGCUCUACGUGGUAAAGUCUUGAAGAUUAAAGUAUCUGAGAAAUACUGCCAUCUGCCAGAAGAUGGGUGUAAUGAUGGUUCUGAUUCUGAUGAUGAAGACAUUAAAAAAGAAGACAUAUCUAAGGUGAAAAUAUUAAUUCAUUUUAUGUUCUUGUCCAAUAAUAAGCAGCAAAGUGAUGAGCUAAAUGGUAACAUAGAUUCUUCAAACGAAUCUCUCAAAACAGAUGAGCCAGUAGGAACUGAGUUUGUCCGGCCUGUAGUGGGCUACUUCUGUAACCUGUGCAAUGUCAUCUAUGCCACUGAAGAGGAAGCAAAAGACGAACACUGCAAAAGUCCAUCACAUCGUGAGAAAGUGAAGGAGCACAAGGAAAAAAGUGGCUCUGUGAAAAACAGAAAGUGAUGUGUACUUUAUAAUAAGGCUGUGAGAGGACGCUUUCAAGGAGGUUGAUUCGACAGAAGAAAAUUGUCCUAGGUGUGGGCUUACUAUCUGUCAGGGGCCUGAAGGGAAAGGCUUAUCAGUUAUCCCUAUGAGCACAGAAAAAUAUAGACUGGUGUCAGCCUUACCUUUUUGUCAUCAUCAUAUACUGACUUGUACUAUAAUUGUGUUUAAUGUGUUUGUCUGUUUUAUUAAUUGUAUGCCAAGGGUGGUUGGUGAAAUGCUUAAACAAUGUCCAACUUAAUACAAUGUCAUAUUGUUAAAAUAUUUUACAGAUGAAAUCGAUUUUUUUAAAUUAUUAAACUAUGUCUGACUAUUUAA